GCCCCCACACGUGUCAGUGUGCAGCCAGAACGCAGCUCCCUCCCCCGCGCUUCUCCCCGGCGGUCAGGGGCGCCCCACGUCCAGCUGGCCGCUCAGGACGAGAGCCCGGGGGCCGCUCCCGACUCUCCCUCUUCCACCGCACCCCUGCAACUCCUCCCAGGCCGGCCGCCACUCCGUGCUUCCGCUCACAGCAAUGACUGCGACCUUUCCGAACCCGCAGCGGCUCCGGUCCCUCCCCUGCUCGCGGGACCACCCAGCCGGGUGUUCACGCCCUGGUCCAGCGCCUCCCUCUCUCAGCAUGGACGAGGAGAGCCUGGAGUCGGCCUUGCAGACCUACCGUGCGCAGCUGCAGCAGGUGGAGCUGGCCCUGGGCGCCGUCCUGGAUUCGUCUGAGCAGGCGGACCUGCGCCAGCUGCAGGGGGACCUGAAGGAGCUCAUCGAGCUCACCGAGGCCAGCCUGGUGUCUGUCAGGAAGAGCAAGUUGCUGGCCGCGCUGGACGAAGAGCGCACGGGCCGGGAAGAUGCUGAGUACCAGGCUUUCCGGGAGGCCAUCACUGAGGCGGUGGAGGCGCCAGCAGCAGCCCCUGAGUCCGGAUCAGAGACCGUUCCUAAAGCAGAGGCGGGGCCCGAAUCUGCAGCAGGUGGGCAGGAGGAGGAAGAGGGAGAGGAUGAGGACGAGCUGAGUGGGACAAAGGUGAGCGCACCCUACUACAGCUCAUGGGGCACUCUGGAGUAUCACAACGCCAUGGUGGUGGGAGCGGAAGAGGCGGAGGAUGGUUCGGCGGGUGUCCGUGUGCUCUACCUGUACCCCACUCACAAGUCUCUGAAGCCGUGCCCGUUCUUCCUGGAGGGAAAGUGCCGCUUCAAGGAGAACUGCAGGUUCUCCCAUGGGCAGGUGGUCUCUGUGGAUGAGCUGCGCCCCUUCCAGGACCCAGACCUGAGCUCCCUGCAGGCCGGCUCUGCGUGUCUGGCCAAGCACCAGGAUGGCCUCUGGCACGCGGCGCGCAUCACCGAUGUGGACAAUGGCUACUACACGGUCAAGUUUGACUCGCUGCUGCUGAGGGAGGCCGUGGUGGAGGGGGACGGCAUCCUGCCCCCACUGCGCACGGAGGCCACAGAGUCCGACUCAGACAGCGAUGGCACAGGUGACUCCAGCUAUGCCAGAGUGGUGGGGUCGGACACUGUGGACUCCGGGACCUGCAGCUCUGCCUUUGCCGGCUGGGAGGUACACACGCGAGGCAUAGGCUCCAGACUCCUCACCAAGAUGGGCUACGAGUUUGGCAAGGGUUUGGGCCGACAUGCAGAUGGCCGGGUGGAGCCCAUCCAUGCUGUAGUGUUGCCACGAGGGAAGUCGCUGGACCAGUGUGUGGAGACACUGCAGAAGCGGACCAGGGUUGGCAAGGCUGGCACCAACAAGCCCCCCAGGUGCCGGGGAAGAGGGGCCCGGCCUGGGGGCCGCCCACCCCCUCGGAAUGUGUUUGACUUCCUCAAUGAAAAGCUGCAAGGCCAGGCUCCUGGGGCCCUAGAGGCCAGGGCAGCCCCGGCGGGGAGGAGGAGCAAGGACAUGUACCAUGCCAGUAAGAGCGCCAAGCGGGCGCUGAGCCUGCGGCUCUUCCAGACCGAGGAGAAGAUCGAGCGAACCCAGCGGGACAUCAGGAGCAUCCAGGAGGCUCUCUCCCGCAACGCUGGCCGGCAUAGCGUGGCGUCAGCCCAGCUGCAGGAGAAGCUGGCAGGAGCCCAGCGCCAGCUGGGGCAGCUCCGGGCUCAGGAAGCAGGCCUGCAGCAGGAGCAGAGGAAGGCAGACACCCACAAGAAGAUGACUGAGUUCUAGAGAACCCUGCAAGCACUAUGGAUGAAGUGUGGGACCCCAGCACAGGCUGCCCUCAGAAAGACCAGUGUUGCCCAAGGAGGGGCCGGCCUGCUGGCCUGGGGCGUGCGGACCCUGCUGAGUGGAGACGGGGCUGCAGGGUCCUGUCUGGACACUUUCUUGCCCACCUGCCAGUGUCUUGGGCAUUUCCUUGGCAAGGACAUUAAAGUGAUUUCAUCACGGUG